CGUUUGUCUGGCCUGGUAAAUGAGGUGUGCCAACAUGAAGUAAAUACCAUUGGCAUUUUGGUGCACCCAAAUUGUUCAUUUGAUGCCAGGAAAGAUUAGGAUAUCCAUGCCCUGAUGCGUCAGUGCAUAUUUAGGUUCUGAACCCCUUUAGAGGUUUUGUCUUCACAGAAGCCCAUGAAUGCAGCUACAAUAACUGUGCCGGGUUAAGCACCAUACAAGGUCAAUCCCCAUGAACAACCACCGGACUUACACAGACUGGCACACUGACUGGACAUUUUGGUGAGAAGUCAAAAUGGCGGAUCGCACUAUUCCUCAUGCUUACCCAAUGAGUACGGAUUAUGAGAUGUGUAGCCCCCCUCGAAUCUAUGACCAGAACUUUGCAGAGGCACUGACUCCCAAGGACCUACUGGCCCCUGUCCUGUAUCAUGGAUACUACAUCCGUCCCCGCAUCAACAAACAGCUCGAAAGAGGUUUCUCCCAGGUAGAAAGUGAAGACGACUGGUAUCGAGUACUGCUGGAUGUAUGCCAGUUCACGCCGGAUGAGAUAAGUGUGCGAACAGUGGACAACUUGUUAGAAGUGACUGGGCGACACGCUCAGAGAAUGGACGGGCAUGGCUUCGUGAGCCGAGAGUUUACCCGCACUUACAUCUUACCAAUGGGUGUAGAUCCUAUGCUGGUGCAGGUGUCUCUCUCUCACGACGGGAUACUCUGUAUCCAGGCACCGCGGAAAGCAGAGGACCUGGAGCCCAAGAUCAACAAGCUCAAGAUUAAAGUGGACAAGAAGGAAAGCAAGAGCUCCUAAAGUGGACUUAGAAAUGUUUGUUUUUUCAAUUAUGGCUGGGGUUUAUGUAUGUCAUCAUUCAUUUCAUAAAGUGUAUUUGGUCUUCAAAAAAAUAAAUAUUGUACUCACAGUUGCGUUGUGA